UUGCAUACAGCAGUUGUAGUUUGUUUACCUCGGACCAUUGUUUACCAUUUAUGUAAUUGGUCUCGACGGUUCAAAGAGGGUAACGUCCGUGGCAGAUCCAGUACGCAUGGUUUCUUCUUUCAUCUUUCUUACUCACGUGACGGGCUGCUUUUCAAGGUCUCGACUCUGAAGUCCCACUCAGACGGCCGAGUCCCUUGGCGUACGUGUAUGUGAAGGACGGUUUUUGCAGCAAGGUGUCAUCAGCAAGUGGUAACAUGCCGGGAAUUCUGCGGCAGUCCCAGAGUGCACGUGGUGGCGCAGCAGUCAACAUACCCAUGCAACAGUCAGUUGACUGGAGGGCGCUUGCGAACAUUGCCGCGAGUGUACCUAACACUUUGUACGUCUCCAGAGCAGAUGUCUCUUAUGGUGCGGUCGCUACGGACAACGCGACAAAAUGUUGCAGCCUCCGCAAGAAGAUGUUGCAAACCGCCGGCAUCGUGUUCGCUAUGGUUAUAUUCUUUCUCUUGCCAUAUUUUGCAGUGAAAGUCGCCACUCUUUCUGACGAGAUGGCGAAGCUUUCUGAAGGGCUGGAGGCUCUCUCUGAAGGGCUGGGCGAACUAAAGAAGAUGACGCAGUUGCGAUUUGCUAAGCUGGAACGUGAGAUUCAGUCCUGAUAGUAAUGCCCACAAUG